GGUUUUAAAAGUAAAUUUCUGUACGGAUGAAGAACUCUUCCAGUUUUAGGAGAUAAAAAAGACAAAAGAGGAAGGGAAAGAUACAUCACAAGAGCUACUACAAACUCAUUCCUGUGUUCUCUAAGCUGUAUCUGCUCUUGUGGUGUGUCUGGGGAAAUUGCCAUACACUUAAAAUUUUGUGUAGAUCAUCACCAUGUCUUUCAGUGGUACCCAGGACAAAUGCAAGGCAUGCGACAAGACUGUCCAUUUCAUCGAUCUCUUGACCGCGGAUGGAGUUCCUUUUCAUAAGACUUGCUUCAAGUGCAGCCGCUGCAAAGGGACUCUUUCUAUGUGCAAUUACUCUUCCCUGGAUGGCAUCCUCUACUGCAAACCCCAUUUUGAGCAGCUCUUCAAGGAGACAGGCAGCUUCACCAAGAAGUUCCCAAUAGGUGCAAAAUCUGGAGAGAGAAAUGAACUGGCCAGACCUGCAAGCAGGGUCUCCUCCAUGUUCUCAGGAACCCAAGACAAGUGUGCGACCUGCCACAAAACAGCAUACCCUUUAGAGAAGCUGACCGUGGAAGGCGAAUCCUACCACAAGACCUGCUUCAAAUGCUCUCAUGGGGGCUGCAAGCUUACGCCAUCGUCCUAUGCUGCGCUCGAAGGCAUCAUCUACUGCAAGCACCAUUUCGCGCAGUUGUUCAAGGAGAAGGGGAGCUACAACCACCUGCUCAAGGUUGCGGCCAUGAAGCAGAGUUCCGGAUCUGAGGAGGCAGCUGAACCCAAGCAGGAACAGGCGCAGUCACAGAUGAACCGUUGAGUUCGACUUUCUUCCAGCUUUGUGCUGGGUGUUGUUCAGUGCGCAUGAAACUUGUGCCAAGGAGAUUGAACAGUCGACUUCAUUUGAGAGUCGUGUAAUUAUCAGAAGGACAUGAAUAGUAUGAGAGAUCUACUACUGUGGCAUUUUUGCUGGAAUUAAGAGAUGAAGAUUGAUAUUGAA